AUUUUGUUGAGUGAACUGCAUGACUUCUGAGAGAAAGAAAACCCGUCUCUCAAACGAGUUAAAAUGCUGUUAUCAACAAAGACCCCCAGGGCCCUGGCGGCCAUCUUUGAGAGUCCCAGUGAUGACGAGGACUUCCUGGGUUUCGCCGUGCCAGUACUGAGUGACAGCGAGUCAGACAGCCUAGCCUCCGAGGACUCUGGGAAGCCGGCCAUGUCUUUCAGGUCAAAGUUUGUGACCUCUGAGUUGGUUAGUCUGUUUAGCCAUUCCGACAAUGAGGAGGAGGAGUUUGAGGGCUUCAGUGAGGAAGAGGAGGAGAAGAGGGGUUCCAGAAGCAGGACGAAGGCUAUGUGCAUAGCGGAGGAGAGUGAUGAGGACACAGGGUUCUACUCCGAGGGGGAGGAGCCAGACACACACAAGAGGAAGAGUCUCUGUGUUGCCUUCAGGUUUCCCACAAAAAGACUCUCUGCCCAGAAAGGGGAGGCACCAAUCAACGCCGCCCCUGCGGAGAGGAGAACCAAUGAGAGGCUGCAUCUGAAAAGGGGUUUGUCUCAGGAGUCCAGUGGGAGGGAGACACAGGGUCAGAAACCGCCCCCCCAAAAAGGGGCAAUAGGAAAAGAGACGAUGGAGGUCGAGUCGCGGGUUCUAAAUAAACGAGCCAAGAACAUCCAGGAGAACAAAGCCAUGUUGGCCAAGCUGUUUGCUGACCUGACCAACAUGUCUGAAGUCACCUCGUCUCCUACCAAGAAGAGGCGUGUGAGUGAGAAGCCGCCCCCUCGUAGACGAGGUGUGUGUGAGGGGAGCGAGAGGAGGAACCCAUCGCGUGCGGCCAGACCGCCAGAGAAGUUUGGGGUGGAGGAGCGCAGUACCUCCCCUUCACGACACGACCGAUCCGUGAGGACUAUCGACGUCGGGAAACUACUGGAGGUGGACGAGCUGGGUAGAAACAGGAAGAAGAGGAGGGCGAGCAGCGGGAAGAAGAGGAGAAUUACCCAUGUGAGAUCAGUGGAUGAAAUCACAGAGGAAGAGCUGGACAACGUGGCGCAACGCGCCAAAGACAAGAUACUGGACAAGGACCACGGCAGCACGUGUCACCAGUGCAGACAGAAAACUCUGGACACCAAGACGGUCUGUCGUAGUGGAGUGUGUAUAGGGGGCAAAGGUCAGUUCUGUGGGCCCUGUCUGAGGAACCGCUACGGAGAGGACGUACACACCGCCCUGCUAGACCCGGACUGGGAGUGUCCUCUGUGCAGAGGAAUCUGUAACUGCAGUCUGUGUCGACGAAGAGAAGGACGCUGUGCUACCGGACAGCUGGUCCAUUUGGCUCAACACAAGGGCCACAGCAACGUCCAAGAUUACCUGGAGAGCAUCCAGAAAGAUCUUAGAUCCUAGAGACAAGCAGACAGCGCCCCCGUUGGUCAGUAAUAAUCUCUCCUUUCCCCUGAAGUGUACACUCGUUCACUUCUUCCCACAAAUCUGAACGCAUUGGAUUGGAGGAGGCAUGGGAUAAAAGAGGUUUCCACCAUAUUUCUUACACCAGUCAUUCCCAUAUAAAUCAAUAAAUGGAAGUGAACAAGUGCACAUUUUGGAAGGAAGGUGAGAUAUAAUUAGGACGUAGUCACACUGACGAACAUUGUCCUGCUUUAAUAUCGCCAGAGUUCAGACUAGAACCCAGGGUGUUCCUCAACCUCUGCCACAGGUCCCUCUGACACCUUAUUUAAUCACACUCAUGUUCAGUAGGUACACGACGCUUUGAAACAGGAGGUAGUACCUGACAUUCUGCAGUAAGAACAUACUUAUGUAAGUAUGUUCUUAAGUAUUUAGAACAUACUUAAGAACAUGGACAGUGAAGCAGAAACUUUUAAUGUAUGUCUAUCCACCAUUUUGGAUUUGAGAUCAAAUGUUUUAUGAGGCGACAGUACAGAAUGCAGGGGUUCGAACCGGUUCAGGGAACAGAACCGAAAUCCUGAAAAUAACAAAAAUGUUCAAGGAACAGAAUCAGAACUGGGAACAAAAGUAACCUAUACUGUUUCCGGAACAGACCCGUUAUUUUAAAAGCAUGGGAACUGGUUAAUAAAUGUUCCAGGAAUUAUUUUUUUUGUCCCACAAAAACAUAAAAAAGCACCUUUGCAAAGCCCACCCUCUGUCAAUCAAACUUCAUCCAGCGUCUGCCUGCCAGCUGAAAAUCAUUGCCUAUGUGUGCGCAUGUAGUCUACCAACAAUGCUUUAAUAGGUUUUAAGAAGAGAUAAAAGUAACAAAUAAUUCAACAGCAGCAGUAAAAUAACAAGCGAGGCUAUAUACAGGGGGUACCGGUACAGAGUCAAUGUGCGAGGGCACCGGUUAGUCGAGGUAAUUGUGGUAAUAUGUACAAGUUGGUAGAGUUAUUAUAGUGACUAUGUGUAGAUAAUAAACAGAGAGUAGCAGCAGAGUAAAAGAGGGGUCUGGGUAGCCCUUUGAUUAGCUGUUCAGGAGUCUUAUGGCUUGGGGGUAGAAGCUGUUAAGAAGCCUUUUGGACCUAGACUUGACGCUCCGGUACCGCUUGCCAUGUGGUAGCAGAGAAAACAGUCUAUGACUAGGGUGGCUGGAGUCUGACAAUUUGUAGGGCCUUCCUCUUACACCGCCUGGUAUAGAGGUCCUGGAUGGCAGGAAGCUUGGCUUCAGUUAUGUACUGGGCCAUACGCACUACCCUCUGUAGUGCUUUGCGGUCGAAGGCCGAGCAGUUGCCAUACCAGGCAGUGAUGCAACCAGUCAGGAGACUCUCGAUGGUGCAGCUGUAGAACCUUUUGAGGACCAAUGCCACAUCUUUUCAGUCUCCUGAGGGGGAAUAGACUUUGUUGUGCCCUCUUCACGACUGUCUUAGUGUGUUUGGACCAUGAUAGUUUGUUGGUGAUGUAAACACCAAGGAACUUGAAGCUCUCAGCCUGCUCCACUACAGCCCCGCCGAUGAUCGUAAAAUGACAGCCAUCUCCUUUGGCGCCAUUAGUCAUGUGGCACCAAAGAAGAUGGCUGUAGCAUCUCUCUGGCCAUCACACAUGUAAACAACUUUAGCUUGCCCACUCUAUAGCAAGCUGCUCUAUCCGCAGUUAGUUUGGUUCAGAACUUUAUUUUGCUGGUCAUAAUUUUUUUAAAUUAUGGAUCUGUUCAGAACGAAACGAUUGGAAAUGUAAACUUUUAUUUAAGGUUAUUUUCAUACAUAUUCGUUUUUACCGUUUUUAAAAAUGAAAGCACUUUAUGUAUCUAGUCCCCCCCCCCCCCAUUUUGAAGGUGUCAUAAGAAUUUGGACAAAUGCACUUAUAUUUGUAUUAAAGUAGUCAAGUUUAGUAGGUGUUUUCAUAUUCCUAGCACACAAUGACUACAUCAAGCUUGUCACUCUACAAACUUGUUGUAUGCGUUUGUAGUUUUGUUUUGGUUGUGUUUGAGAUUGUUGUGCCCAUUCAGAAAUGAAUGGGUAAGAGGUAUAAAUAUCGUAAAAUCCUGAACUCAUACGUUAUUGGUGAUAGUGAGAGGUUAGCAUAUCUUAGGGGGUGUUAUCUUUGUGCCUCUAACUUUCUCACUCAUCAUUAUUCACGAUUUAAUUCAUGAUUAUCCAUAAUCGUGGUAGCAUCCACAUUAAUGUAGUGUUUAGAAAUGUAUUCUAUUCUUAUUUAAAAUAAAAGUGACUCCAAAAGGACGCAAUACGUUAUUUAACAUUUGAUCUCAAAUCUCAAAAUGCUGGAGUAUAAGAGCCAAAUGAAACGUUUUAUAUACGUAGGGGAGUGUAUAUUUACCAUUUGCAGAAUGUUUUGCUAUGGUGUGCCCUACUGAACACAGCCCAGGAAAACCAUAACUUGUGUGAUCACUGCUACUUAAAAGGUUGAGUGACACUGAUGGACAUAUGUGGUUCAGCAUUUUGACAGGCAGCUCAAUUCUGAUCCUUUUUUCCCCCCACUAAUUCGUCUUUUGACCAAUCAGAUCAGCUCUUAAAAAUAUUUUGUGAAAAGAUCUAAUGUGAUUGGUCAGAACACCAAUUAGAGGGGAAAAAAGGUCAGAAUUGGUCUGGCUGUCUAAAUGCAACUUUACUACUUGUUUUUAUGUACGUUGACUUUUGAUGUUGAUGGGUUACUUUUCUAUGUGGGUUAAGACAAUGCUGUUGCUUGUACCAUCGACAACAGAUGUUGUAAAAUAGUAAUGAAUGGUUUAACACUUUAUUUUUUUAUUAAUCCUAUUUUUAUGCAACAACAGUCAGGCAGUGGAGUCAAACUUUUUAUUAGAUGUGGGAUGAAGCAGAGGGUAAAAUCGCUAAAUUAACAUAGUUAGUGUUUAUGUUACUGGAGAGUUUACCCACCUAUUUUACCACUACGUCCCUGAUAGUAAGACCUUUCACUGAACAGGACCGGGACAUCUUCACUCUGGGUUAGAGUGUCUCCUAAAUUACUCAAACGUGAAUAUAGACCAUAGCCGAUACCUUUGGCGUGUACUGUACUGUUUUUAAUACACUUUAUUAUUAAAAAAAGUUUUAAGACUGCCUCUAACAGUGGACAAUUUGCAUCUGAAUAAAGAACUGAAGUUAUGUUUA